AUGGUCCCACCAAGCGCACCGAAUGGAAGUGGCAGUUCUUACGACCAGCUACUGAAGCUGCCUCCCAUACGAUCUUUUGAGCCGACUGUUCCGUCAUCAAUGGACUUAUCCUCAACACCUCCGUGUCGGUAUCCAAAUAAUUCGCCUGGCGGAUCCUCAUCCAAUGCGAUCGCGCCUGAUGACAAAGCUUCAUCCACGUCCGACAAACAGCAGGUUGAUGCAACUACGUCAGGUCUAUCUCGACCGCAACUCCCGCCGUCUCUUAGUGCUCCUUCCUUGCCCAAUUCACAUGCAUCGACGCCGCCCUCGCCACCACCGCCGGCGCCUGUCUCGAACCUGCCCUCACAUCAUACACCCUAUGAAAGUGCACCAACACCGGUCCGCGCGAAUCGUUCGAAUGAUUCUUCUCAGUCACCUGCCUAUGGACCUUAUGCACUUCCCCGCGCCCCUGGCAUGCUUCCCUGGCAAAUGUCAUCCUCGACAUCGCUGGAUCCCAGUACUGUCUAUGCUCUCGAACGAAUCCAUUCGGCCUCUUUGGCUUUGCAUGAUCACGUCGGCGAAUUGCUACGCUCGCAGUCUGUAACUUCUCGCCAGGACGAAAUGCAUUCGUUUCUCCCAUUUGUCUCUGAGAUCAACCACGAAGUCCGGGGCUUAAUGUCUACGCUCGAUAAUCGCGCAGGCCGCGAGGCGUUUGACAUCGCUCCCUAUUAUCCCUGGCUUCCUGGCAGCAAUGCAACACAGUACUGGUCGCAGAACAUCCGAGAUGAGCGAGGUUCAAAAAGGAUGCGUUGUGAAGACGAUAAAGACGGACAUGUGCGCCGCCGCAGUUUGGGUCAACAUACGAAAUCGGAGCAGCGUCUUGUUUCUCGCAGUGAUUUGCGUCCAUCAAACAGUACAGAUGAUCUGAUAUAUGCUGCUCGUCUUGGCACUGAUCACCAUGGAUUCUCAAGCUCAUCCAAUCCCAAUACUCGCUCAGAUGCAUCUUCAUAUGCCUCUGCUUAUGGAACUGCAUCUUCAACGCCCUCCAAAGGCUCGCUUGGGCAUGACACAAGUGUCUCUGUUCAGCAAGCAUACGUACCCAAAUACCGAAAACGAAGUCGCGCACCAGCACCUGGUGUGUGUCAUUCUUGCGGCAACGGCGAUACGCCAGAAUGGCGCCGUGGCCCGGAUGGUGCUCGAACACUAUGCAAUGCAUGUGGCCUGCACUUCGCGAAGCUCGUCCGCAAGCGAACCCUUGAGUAUGCGAAUUCCGCCCCUGGUAUUCCUAUCCCUCCCGUUACUAUUGCGGAGCUGCGUCAAUCAACAAAUGUGAAUUUGAACUCGCCAGGCGUGAUUCAGGCUGAUGACGAGCGCGCUCGAAUCGCUUCGAAUCAGUCGUCGUCUGCAACUUCAUUGACGCAUGGUCGCUUUCCUCCGCGGUCUCGCAGUGAGUCGGUGUCGUCGGCUGUUGCGACGCCUUCUUCAACGGUGUCGCGCGAGCAUGUGUAUCCUGAGCCUGCCGUGUCAGGCUCAGAAACCCAAGAAUCUUUGCCGUCUAAGGGCGGGGAGGAAUCAUCAACUGAUGUAGUUUCAUCUGUAAAAACUGGAACACCUAUGUAG